AAGCUAAAAUUAUGCCCUAAACAGACUUCCCAGGAAUUUACAGUUCCCAGGGGAAGGAAGGAGGCUCAGUGCUAGCAGGGUUAUGCGCAGACAACGUUCACGUGCCUGGCAUCCACAACAUUUACCAACAGCCUGACGUGGAGCCUUAGCCUGGGACAUUCUGACAAACGCAAGAAGCAAGAUUUGAAGAAUAACCAGAGAAGAAACAAGGAGGUCAACAACGAGACCACUGAAGGAAAGAAAGCCUAGGAUAAGCCCAACACACGUCUCCUCUCAGCAUUGCCGGUCACCACAAGAGAGAUGGAGCCAAACCGCAGCUUCAGGGACACGUGGGAGAACUGCACGGUGGACAGCUUCAAGAGAACUUUUUACCCAGGGGUCUAUUUGGUUGUAUUUGUGGUGGGGGUCUUGGGAAAUGGCUUUUCCAUCUUCAUUUUCCUGCUGCCUUCUAAAAAACCCAAGUCGGUGAACGUGUUCAUGCUGAACUUGGCCAUUUCAGACUUCCUGUUUGUGUGCACACUGCCCUUCCGAGCAGAUUAUUACCUGAGAGGUUCUCACUGGGUGUUCGGGGACCUAGCCUGCAGGAUCAUGUCCUACUCCUUCUAUGUCAACAUGUACAUCAGUAUUUACUUCCUGACUGUGCUGAGCAUCUUGCGCUUUCUCGCUACGGUGUGUCCCUUCCGGCUCUUGCACAUAACUAGCCUCAGGACAGCCUGGAUCCUGUGUUUGAUCAUUUGGGUCUCCAUCAUGGCCUCUUCUGUCAGCCUUCUGAGUAGCGGCUCGACCCACAAUGGCCAGCAGGCGGUGUGCUUAGAGCUGAGCCUUAACAAACUCACCAAGUUGAGGAUCCUGAACUACGUGGUGCUGGGCGUCGGCUUUGUCCUGCCUUUCUGCACGCUGAGCAUUUGCUACAUGCUGAUGAUCAAGACUCUGCUCAAGGUCAAGUUCCCAGAGUCCACUGCGCGCAUGUCUCACAAGAAGGCUCUGGUCACCGUAGCUAUUGCCCAGCUUCUCUUCCUGCUGUGUUUCCUGCCCUACCACAUCCUGAGGACGCUUCACCUAAUCCAGUGGAAGGAGAACGAGUGCAAUGAGGUGCUACACAAGGCUGUCAUUGUCACCGUGGCCCUGGCUGCGUCUAACUCCUGUCUUAACCCUCUGCUCUAUUACUUUGCUGGAGAGAAUUUUAAACAGAGACUCAAAGUGGUGUUCAAAAGGGGAUGUUUACUGGAACAAACGCACUAGUUUUAUUUGUAUGUAGUUAAAAACAAGCAAGCAAACAAACAAAAAACAAGCAUGAGUAAGAUUUUUCAAAAAGAGAAAAUGCCCCCUAUACUUGUCAUUAUUCUGUACACAUUUCCCAUAAUACCUUGCAUUUAUGCCAUCACGCUGACAACAAAAACACAUGCCUGUUGGUUGAAAUUUAUUUUUUAUAGCAUUUAAAAACAUGUCCUUCAGGCACACUCUAAGAGGUCAAAUCUGAAAGGGUAAUUUGGAAGAAAGAUAUUUUUACCUGGGGUAAAAAUGGUCGAUGAAGAAUAAUUGUGUUUGAAUUGGCUUUUCCCCCCUUUGAUAUAAAGAGGAAGGCUUGUUGGAAAUGGAAUGGGUAGUGGAGAGUAUAUCUAGAAAAUAGGAUGUUAAAAAAAAACACUUUAAAAAAGAAAGUUACAGGAUGAAUUGGAUGCAAUAGUGGUGUAGAUGGCAUUGUGGGUAAAGUCACCCUAACAGAGAUGGUCCAGCCCUCUUGACUGCAGGGGUUGGUAGAGGAGAGCCUUGAGAGCAUGACUCCCACAGUAAUGGGGCUCUUAAGCUCAUGACCCCAAGACACUUUGCAGAAGAAUAUUAGGGGAAGUAUAGGAGAAGGAGUGGGUCGACCUCCUAAAAAAUAGGGAGGACAGUUGCCAAUGUCUGCAUAUUGGUGCCCUAGGACAAAGCCUUACAGAAAUCUGGACUUGAGAAGUCAGGAAGAAUUGGUUUCACCUCACACCUACCAGAUUGGCUAACAUGACAGCAAAGGAAAGUAAUGAAUGCUGGAGGGGAUGUGGCAAAGUCAGUUCAUUAAUCCACUGCUGUUGGAGUUGUGAAUUGAUCCAACCAUUCUGGAGGGCAAUUUAGAACUAUGCCCAAAGGGCGCUAAAAGACUGUCUGCCCUUUGAUCCAGCCAUAGCACUGCUGGGUUUGUACCCCAAAGAGAUAAUAAGGAAAAAGACAUGUACCAAAAUAUUCAUAGCUGCACUCUUUGUGGUGGCAAAAAAUUGGAAAAUGAGGGGAUGCCCUUCAAUUGGGGAAUGGCUGAAGAUAUUGUGGUAUAUGUUGGUGAUGGAAUACUAUUGUGCUAAAAGGAAUAAUAAAGUGGAGGAGUUCCAUGUGAACUGGAACAACCUCCAGGAAGUGAUGCAGAGUGAGAGGAGCAGAACCAGGAGAAUAUUGUACAGAGACUGACACAUUGUGGUACAAGAGAACAUAAUGGACUUCUCCAUUAGUGUCAAUGCAACAAUUUGGAAGGAUUUAUGAAAAAGAACACUAUCCACAUUCAGGGGAAAAACUGUGGGAGUAGAAACACAGAAGAAAAACUACUGCUUGAUCACAUGGGUCGAAGGGAUAUGAUUGGGGAUGUAGACUCUAAAUGAUCAUCUUAGUGCAAACAUCAACAGCAUGGAAAUAGGUUCUGAUCAAGGACACAUGUAAAACCCAGUGGACUUGCGAGCCAUUUACGGGUGGGGGGUAGGGUGAGGGGAGGGAAAGAAUAUGAUUCUUGUAAGCAAUUGA